AUGGGCAACAACACAGAGCGUAUUCUCAAUGUCAGACCGGCUCGAGACUGUGCGUACAAGAAAUCAUCGAAUCACUCGUGCUCAGCAUCAGCACCACGCCGCACCGCUGCGCUUCUCUCCGCAUUCGAGCACCUACAGCCCAUACAGGAAUUCAGCGCCUCAGAACUAAUUCUCGCUAGCUGGUAUGCUGGGGACACCAUCGACUACUACUCUAGAGCUUUCGUAGUAGGCGACCCACGAGGCCAUCGCACGUCGGUCGUCUUGCGAAUCGAAGAGGACGCUUGUGCCGAAUACCCCAUAAACGUGGACACCAGCGAGAUUGCGCACGUACAAUCUGGCCCCGGGGCUUCAACGCACUCCAGCACAUUUGAUAAGGCGAUUCUCGGCCUUAUCCAAGGUGCAUUUGAAUCCGCAACGCGUGAAGCCCGUGGAAAAGAUGAGGAAAUACUCCCUCACUCGGAGGCGGAUGCCGACGAGCUGAUAGUGGAAGAAGACAUGGGUAUUUGGGCAUGCAGCAACGCCUCUAUUGACGAAUUUGCAGUGGAGGACGAUUACAUCCAACCUCCAUUAGCUAAUAGAAGGACCAAGGGUGGCGACAUCUAUCUAGCGGCUACGACAAAGGUGGAGCUAAGUGAAUCGAAGUCGGCUUCGGGCGCACCUCCCAUGCCGGCGACCAUGGACGCCAACUUGUCGGGGAUUCCAUAG